ACAUAAACAUGCGUUGUCCUGCUGAAUAAACGCGUCAGCCACACGUUAUAGGACGCUUUAAAGGAUUCGUACGAUUCUGCAUUAGUUCGUGACAACGUUUGAAGCUUGUGAAGUAGAAAGAUCAAACUUUAAACAGUUUUUCCUGCUCGAAGUGGACAAACCGGCCAUCUUUGCUAACUUAGCUUAGCUUUCUCUGCUCUCCUGGAGUGAAAAAACAAACUUUCCUGGACUUCCAUUAAAGAAAAAAGACUAAACCUUCCUCCAGCUCUUCAAGCAAAGCUCAAGCUUCAUUCAUUCAUUCAUCCAGCCAGGACAUGUAUUAUUAACACAGCCGGUCUGCAGUCAGACCCAGAAAUCCCCCCCUGGUUGUAUUUGUUUUUUAUUUUUUUUAUUUUUUGGUUUAUCACUUCACGUCAUCAUGUCAUCGUUUUCUGAGUCAGCGUUGGAGAAGAAGCUGUCAGAACUGAGUAGCUCGCAGCAGAGCGUUCAGACGUUGUCGCUGUGGAUCAUACACCACCGCAAGCAUUCGGGAACCAUCGUCCGUGUGUGGCAUAAAGAGCUGAAGAAAGGUAAGGCCAAAAGUAGCCGGAAGUUGACCUUCCUUUACCUCGCCAAUGAUGUCAUUCAGAACAGCAAAAAGAAAGGACCCGAGUUCACGCGGGAUUUUGAAGGUGUCCUCGUUGAUGCCUGCUCUCAUGUAGCGAGAGAAACAGAUGACGGCUGCAAGAAGCACAUUGAGAGGUUGUUGAACAUCUGGCAGGAACGCAGUCUCUACCGCUCUGAUUUCAUCCAGCAGCUCAAGCUGUCCAUCGAGGACUCCAACAGCCCCAGGGUCAAAGCAGCAGCAGAUGACGGCUUGAAGAAGGGCUUGAAAAGAACGUUCCAGAAGGUUCAGGAAGAGGAAGAGGAAGAUGACGACGAUGAUUACAGGGCCCAGUAUUCUCCUCAUGAGACAGACGCCAUCGGCCCACAGCUGACGGAGGAGCUGAUUAAAGCUCUUCAGGACCUGGAGAACGCUGCGUCCGGAGACGCCACCGUGCGCCAGAAGAUCGCCUCUCUGCCUCAAGAAGUGCAGGACGUCUCUCUGCUCGAGAAGAUCACAGAUAAGGAAGCAGCAGAUAAGCUGUCCAAGACGGUGGACGAAGCAUGUCUCCUGCUGGCGGAGUAUAACGGGAGACUGGCGGCUGAGCUGGAGGACCGCAGGCAGCUGGCACGCAUACUGACAGAGUACAUCAACAGCCAGAAGGAGGCGCUGAGCGAAAGGGAGAAAAAACUCGAGGAGUACAAGCAGAAGCUGGCGCGAGUCACUCAGGUGCGCAAAGAGCUGAAGUCUCACAUCCAGAGCCUGCCAGACCUCUCGCUCCUGCCCAACGUCACCGGAGGACUGGCGCCUCUACCCUCGGCUGGAGAUCUCUUCUCCACUGACUGACCGGUUCUCCUUUCUUCAUCCCUCCAUCCUCAGUCUGGACUCCACUGAUUCCACCGUCACCAGCCGGUCAGCUGAUAUCAGGCCAAACCCUCACGCUCUGGCCUUGUGUUCAGGUUUUAGAAGGAAAAAAAAAUUCAUCAAACAGCGAACGUGACUGUGACUUUGCUGUCUCAUCAUUAUUAGUGGAUUUUUUUUUUUUGUUUGUUUUUUUUGGAGGUUUUACUGCUUUAUUUGCUUAUUAAUAAUCAAAAAAGGAGUCUGUGUGACCUGCUUUUGUUCUUUAUCUGCUCAGUUAUAAAGACUAGGUAGCGAAAAUAAAUGAAAUACACAGCUAAGUGACCGACCCUCAGCUUCAUCAUCAUCAUCAUCAUCAUCAUCAUGAGGAUGGAGCGUCUCCGUUAAAGGCUGGGCGAUAUACCGAGUGUGGUGUUAUCUCCAACAUUCUGUAGAGAAAUCGAUGUUCAAGUGAAAGUUUUGUGUUGAAGAAACAGAAAUAGUUCAGGAAAAAAAAAGCUUCCAAAUGUAGCCAAUCAGCUGAGAUUUACUUAUUACAGUAAAUAAGUCAUCUGUUUCAGCCAAAAAUAUUUCCCCAAACCAUGACAGCGUGACUUCUGUCAUUCUUUAGGCUCCGCCUUCCAAGGUAAAAAGAUGGAUAAACUUAAAAUUUAGAAGUUAUGUUGAUGACUUUUUAACAGAUUGACGUUUGAUGGAAACAUUAUCCUUCAAGUGGCACCAAAUAUCAUGAAAUAUCAUCCCUCCUGAAAUCUCUAUACGAACUAUGUUUUGCCUCUAACUUUGUCGGGAACAGGUAAGAAAACGAUGAUACUUUCGCUCGUAUCGCCCAGCCCUUGGUGUACGCUACUGACUCCCCACUGUGGUUAAUGUUCACGUGAGCACGUGUGUCUACUGUACGUAGGUUUUUCUCUUUCUGAAAGCCGGUAUGUUUUAUAGGAAAUUGCCGAAAACUCUUCCACGUAGUGGCUAAACUGAAAGCAGUCCAAAUUUGAGCUGACGGUUCAUGACAUGUCGGAAUGAACAUUAACAGCAGGUUUUCACUAAA